AGAAAAGAGUUCGAUACAUCGAAAGUUCUAUGAUCGAUUAAUCGAACAUUUGAUAACCAAAUGAUUCCAAAUGAAAAUCAAAUCAAAUUCAAUUUCUUUCAUUGAAUAGAAGUUCAAUUUUGUAGUAAUGGAGGCGGAAUCAAUCAAUUUUAGCUUUGUGAGUGAUUACACAUCGAAAUAUUAAUGGAAAUACUGAUCAAUUGUUACGAUUUAAUCGUUUAAUUAAAUUGUUUUCUUUCUGAUUGUCAAAAUUUCAUAUCAAGUCCUUUGGAUUUGGAUCUUCACUUUUGCCUUUGACUGAAUUAAAAUUGGACUCGUUUGGAAUUGGAUUCGUUACCUUAGGCUUAACAAGAAUCAGUUGACAUUUAAUUGUUUGUGUUGAUUAGAAACAUUUGUUUUCUUGUGUUAUUUUAAAGCAAUUAAAUCUAUUUAAUUAUGACUCAAACUGGUCAAGGAUCGAAUUAUUAUUUUGUCAUUGUGGGUAAAAGUGAUAAUCCAAUAUUUGAAUUAGAAUAUACGACAAAAUCUAGUGAAAGAUCAACAGAGAAUAGAAAUUUAUCUCAAUUCAUCGCUCAUUCAUCUUUGGAUUUAAUUGAUGAAUCUUUCUUGACUUCUUCUAAUUCUAAUAUGUAUUUGAAAGUUGUUGACAAAUUUAAUGAAUAUUAUGUUAAUGGUUUCGUUUGUGCUUCAAGUACAAUUAAAUUUCUACUUCUCCAUGAUGCAACCAAGAUUGAAGAUACAAGUUUGAGAUCUUUUUUCACCGAUUUAUACGAUUUGUACUGUAAAUUUACACUUAAUACAUUCUAUGAGCUUCAUACUCCAAUUCGAUCAUCUGUUUUUGAGAAAAAAGCUUUAACAUUUGCUAAAAAGUAUCUCCCAUGAACCUAAUCAAUGUUUACCUAAAUGAUUUUAAAGAAAAAGAGUAAAAUAAAAUAUUACUGAUCUCAUAAGAGAAUUUAUAAAUUA